AUGGCACUGCGCCGCCUUGAAUGGAUUGCCGCGGCCCUCGACACCAUCGCUCCCGAGCAGAGUGGCUUCCUUCGGCUGCGCUCAACAGCUGACUCGCUCUCCGAGCUCGUGGCCACGCUCGAGGAGUCGUUGAGCCGCCACGAGGCCGGCUACCUCAUCCUGCUCGACGUGCAGGGUGCCUUCGACGGCCUCCCCCAUGCCACCACCAACGGGACCCUCCACGAGCUGGGUGUCACCGGCCGGCUCCUGCACUACAUUCGUGCCUUCCUGAAUGACCGCACACUCCGAGUGCGGGUCGGCGGGCCGUUGAGUGACCCUCGCGGUGUGUUUUUGGGUGUCCCGCAGGGCAGUGAUUUGAGCCCAUUUUUAUUUAAUUUGGCUCUUUCGCGGCUCCACGACUACAUCCAGAAGACAACGUCGCACGAGGUGCGAUCGACCAUCUACGCGGACUACAUCGCUCUUUUUGCGUGCGGUCCCACGGAGGUCGGCUACCUGGUGCGGGCAUCCAUUCAGACCGCAGUUCACGCAGUCGAAGAGUACCUCGCCACAUCAGCAUCGGACAGCAGCUCUCAACCGCGAAAACAGAGGCGCUGA